AUGUCAUCAAGUAAAGAGUUUUGUGAUAAGUGCGACUCAAUCAAAGAAACAGAUCCUCAAUAUGAGACAGCUAAAAAGUUAAUGAUGCAAUAAGGAUGCUUUUAAGAAAAUAAGAAUUUGACAGAUUGCCUAAAUUUAUUUCACAAAGAUUGGAGAUCUUGCAAAAAUGAAACUGACCUCCUUACUAAAUGUAUAUAAAACUCUAAAAAGUAAUGA